CCCCAUAAAAUUCGUGUGUCUAAAAACCCAAUCUUCUCUUUCACUCAAUCUCCCUAACCAUUUUUCUCAUUCACCACCACCAUCACAAUUUUCAACUACACAACAGAGGAAGAAGAGAAAACAACACGUGACAAAUCCGAAAGAUUCAUCUAACAAUAACAUUUAGUUGUCCUUUUUUACAUAUAUCAUUUAAAUGUUAAGUAAAUUAAGACAAAAAGAGUUCAUAUCAUUCAGCUGUGAUCAACCUAAAUUUGUUUCGGGAUCAAAGGUAUCCUGAAAGGAAGGAUUGAUGAUCAAAUGUCAGGGCAGCGACAAACGCUAGCCGGAUUAACACUUGACGACGUCUUAGCAAAGCAGAAAGCAUUUUACCACUCACAAUCCAACACCAAAACCCUCCUUGAUAUCCUCAAAGACGACGUCUCCUUCAACAAGAACCGCAAGUCUUGGAAAGCAUUCAAGGACACCCUUCUGCUAAAGCGUUACGGCUCUGCUUGGACUCGAAUUCCCACUUCCGACAUUCCCAUCUCAUUCUGCCGCCGCACCUCUCUCAAACACUUUCAAUCCAUGGCUGACAACACCGACAACCUUGAUGAAGUCCCAGCCUUACCUCCCCCUUCACUCGCAGCCAAGCCCACCUUCUCCCGCCGGAGUUCCACCCGCUACAGCUCCCCGUCCGAGGUCACAUUCACCGCUGGCGAUCCCACGGAGCCGGCCCCUGCCGGCAGCGCGCUACUCCGGCCUCAGCUUUCGCGACGGAACUCCUCCGGCAUGGUGUCGGAGCCAUUCCGGAAGGGCCGCGUGGUGACGUUCCGGGACAACAUGGACGACGAGGAGCAGGACGAGGAGGACGGGUCACGUGCGGAUGGCAGCAGGACACUAUCAGCAAGAGAGGCGGUUGCGGCACAGGAGGCGGCGGAGGCGGCUGCUGCAGGGGAGGUUGUUGGAGAGGGAGAGGAAGACGAGGGGGCACAGCCGGUGAUGAUGUCACUGAUGGACUUGUUGGAGGAGACUGACAGAGAGAUGGGGCUUGAAGGAUCGAGGUACAUUCUGAGUGAUGAAGAGGAUUUUGAUGAGGACGAGGAAGAUGAGGAUGGUGAUGGUGAUGAUUUGGAAUACACGUGCUCAGUGUGCAUGGUGAGGCAUAAGGCUAAUGCUAUCAGCCGCUGUGGCCACUCAUACUGCAGGAUGUGCUCUAGGGAACUCAUGGCUGGCAAAGGCAACUGCCCUCUCUGCAACAAUUUCGUUGUUGAGAUUCUUGACAUCUUUUGAAUCCAUCUCUUCUCCAUCUCUGCUUCACUUCGGAACCAAUUAUUUUUCUUUACUUC